AUGGAGAGUGCAAGAUCUAUGUUGUACUCUCGUGAUAUCUCAUUGGAUCUCUGGGCUGAAGCAGUAAACUGUGCUGUUUAUUUAUUAAAUCGAAGUUCUUCUACCCAGACAAAGGAUGUAUCCCCAUAUGAGCUGUGGAAUGGACAGAAGCCAGCCCUUCAACAUAUAAGAGUAUUUGGUUCAGAAGGAUAUGUCCAUAUACCUGAUGAAAGAAGAAGAAAACUAGAUAAAAAGAGUGUAAGAUUAAUAUUAGUAGGAUAUGAAAAUGAAAAUUAUAGAAUGUUUGAUAUUGAAAGUGGGAAGAUAACAAUAAGUAGAAAUGUACACUUCAAUGAGAACAACAUACCAGUACUGAGGAAACACACAACUUCAAUUUCUAUCACCGAUGAACAAGAGCAAAGAGAAGGCAUACAAGAUAUACCAUUUUCUCCAGGAGACAACCAAAAUAUUUCUGAAUCUAGUUUUGAAAGUGUAGAAACACAAGAAGAUCCCAAUGAUGUGACGUACCAGCCUCCACAAAUAAUUUCUGAAGAUGAUGAAAGAAAUAUUACACUGAGACCUAGAAGGAAAAGAAAUGAAGAAGCAAAUUUUAUUGAGUUAGAUGUACCUACGACAUAUGAAGAAGCUAUAAACUGUAAAAAUAGUAAUAAAUGGAAGGAAGCUAUAUGUGAAGAAUUAGAGUCAUUAAAAGAAAAUAAAACCUGGAAGUUAGUAAACAGAAAUAAUGAGAAAACAGUGACCUCAAAAUGGGUAUUUUGUGUAAAAAGAAAUUCAGAUGGUGAUAUAGAAAGAUACAAAGCUCGUCUUUGUGCACGUGGGUUUACACAAACUAAGAACGUCGAUUACAAGGAAACAUUUUCACCAACAACAAGAUUCGAUUCCAUUAGAAUAAUAUUAUCUCUUGCAGCUCGAGAGAAUUAUGAACUACAACAAUUUGAUGUCAAAACAGCAUUUUUGUACGGUGAGUUAUCAGAGGAUGUCUAUAUGGAGGUGCCUGAAGGUGUCCAUGCUGAGCCAAGGAAAAUCUGUAAGUUAAUAAAAUCAAUAUAUGGGCUAAAACAGUCAUCACGCUGUUGGAAUAGAAAAUUCUCUUCUUUCCUAACUACUUAUGGUUUUGAAAUGUGUCCCUCUGACAACUGUAUAUUUGUGGGUCAUUUUAAUAAUUAUAAAGUUAUCUUGAUCUUGUAUGUAGAUGAUGCUUUAUUAUUGUCAAAAAGUAAAAGUAUAUUGUUGCAUAUUAUAAAUGAUUUAAAACAAAGUUUUAAGAUAAAAGAAUUUAAUUUAAAUAUGUUUGUUGGCAUGGAAAUAACUAAAAAUGAUGGAAUAAUUACUUUAAGUCAAAAACAGUACAUAAAACAAAUUAUAAAUAGAUUCAACAUGUCAGAUGCCAAUCCUUGUAGUACCCCUGCUGACAAUAAUGUAAUUUUAAAGAAAAACGAUAGUGAGAGUAACAUUAAUUUUCCAUAUAGGGAAGCAGUAGGAGCCCUGAUGUUUUUGUCAACCGUAUCUAGGCCUGACAUUUCUUAUUCUUUGAAUGUAGUUAGUAGAUAUUUAAAUAAUCCCAGUAAAGACCAUGUAAAUGCUGUUAAACAAAUUAUUCGGUACUUGUUAAAGACAAAAGAUGUUUGUAUUACUUAUAAUUGUAACAAAGAACUAGUAGGUUUUUCUGAUUCUGAUUUUGCCUCAGAUAUUGAUUCUAGAAAAUCUAAUACAGGAUAUAUUUUUAUGAUGAAUGGUGGACCUGUUUCUUGGGCUAGCAGGAAGCAAAAUACUGUGGCAUUAUCAACUACAGAAUCAGAGUAUAUGGCUGCAAGUGAGGCUGCCAAAGAAAUUUUAUGGCUUCGGCAGUUAUUAAUUGAUAUUGAUGAACCACAAUUGGUGAUAACCCUAUGUAUAGAUAAUCAGAGUGCUAUUAAACUCAUUCAUAAUCCUAUUUACCACAAAAGAACAAAGCACAUAGACAUAAGAUAUAAUUUCAUCAGAGAAAAGGUAGAACAAAAUGUAAUAAAUGUUCAAUAUGUGAAAAGUUCAAAUCAACUUGCAGAUUUUUUAACAAAAGCUUUACCUUCUGGUAAAUUUAUUCUUAACAGAGAUCAAGUACUGAAUAUAAACUGA